UAGACUUCCACCGAAGCCUUUGAACUACUAGCCUCCCCCGUAUUCACCUAUCCAUCCGCAUUACACAUCAGCCAUCAUGGCGCCUUCACGAUCACAAACUUCGCUUCUCUCUCUACUCGUCGCCACCUCGCUCCUCCCGCUACAAGCAUGGGCCUCUUUCGAGUGCAAAGAUAUGGCGACACAAGGCACCCACUUUAACUUCGAGAAGCUCGGCGGACCGCACAUAGUACACUGGAAGGAAGAAGAUGUAGAGCACGAUAUGGAGUACAAAUACAACUUCACUCUCGACCUCUGCAGCCCACUAAAGUCAGAGUGCCAUAACGGCGCACAAGUCUGCGGUAUACGUGAGAACGUCGAUCUAUCGCAGGAGGGCAACUCGACAAUCACGCCGAUUGAUAUCGCUGGAACCUACACGUCCUACAACGGUCGUACUAUCGAUGCCAAGUACGAGUUACUGCGCAAUUCGAAGUCAAACUCGGACUCUGGCCGAGAAGGACUAAGGACUAUCCUCCAUGGAGGCCGACUACCAUUCGACGACAAGAAGAACGGGUUAGACCAGCGCGCUAUCAUUGAAUUUGUGUGCGAUAAGGAGCGAACCGGUCUUGAGGGCGAUGAGACAGACGGCGGCAAGUCUGGCAGCGACAAGGAGGACGAUAAGAAAGAUGAUAAGAAGGAUGAGGAUAAGAAAGAGGAGGAGAAGCAGAUCAGCAGGAGAGAAGGGGCCAGCAAGGAUCAGUGCGAGGACAGCGACGCUAGCCUGCGCUUUUGCGGGUACAAGGUCGAGGACCUGGAGAAGGAUAAGAAGGCGAGAACACUGAGGCUGGAGUGGCGCACCAAGUAUGCGUGUGAGGAUGCGCCAGCAGAUAAGCCAGCAAGCUCGCACUGGGGCUUCUUUGGGUGGUUCUUCAUUAUUGUUUUCCUCUCGAUCGCGGCUUAUCUCGUCUUCGGCUCGUGGCUCAACUACAACCGUUACGGUGCUCGUGGCUGGGACUUGCUUCCUCACGGCGACACUAUCCGCGACGUACCUUACAUUGCGAAGGACUUCGGGCGCAAGAUCUUCCAGACCGUGCAGGGUAGCGGGAGUAGGGGUGGUUACGCCGCUGUCUGAGCGUUGCGUCCUUGAUUAUUGCAACAAUUUCCUUUUGGGGUUGCAUUGGGGAUGGGUUAGGAGUACGGGAGGGCGUUGUAGGAUAAGAGGAGGAACAAGCGUUAAGUUUGUCUGAUCAGAGGUCCUACCGUUUUGGCGGACCUGCUUUACCUAGACUUCGAGCGC